AAACACUUUGAUGGGCCUGAAAAAUGAAAAUAUAUCACUUCCUGCGCAGCCUAAUUCAUACCGAGUCGCACCUGCGUUUGUGUUGAAAAGGAAGAAAUCCGCAAAAACCCAACCUCGAAUUGGUAUAAAAUCAAGAUGGGUUUUCUAAGAUCCGAGAAAAAAGCACCAACUCCAGCUUCAACGUCCCCCUGUGCCAAUCUCAGAGCUGCUUAUGAUAAAUGCUUCAACAGAUGGUAUUCUGAGAAAUUCUUGAAGGGUCAGUGGGACAAAGAGGAAUGCGUUUCUGAGUGGAACAAGUACAGAGAUUGUCUCUCACAACAUUUGGAUGAUAAGCACCUGGCCAGAUUCUUAGAGGCCGAAGGGAUUGGCAAUAUGAUCCAUCAAGUUGAUGCUUCGAGUCCCAAAGGCGCUCCUACAUGAUUGGCGUUUCUAAAUAGUACGGUGAACUACCCUUUGACGGUGCAAGGACUGCUUUACAAUAGCAGCUCAUUUUCAAGAACUCCAAGCCUGCUUAUCUAACUUAGUUCUUGUCAAUGGCAUUCUGGUGAAUGCUUAUCUAACUUACUACACUUUUUGCAGAUGUAUGAUCCUCUGCAAAUCGAUGUAUCAUAUAUAAAACUAAUGUAUCUGUCAGAUUUGUAGUUUGGCUAUUAGAUAGCACUUAACACAUUGUGAAAGUAAUUUCAUCUUAUUUCAUAUCAUAUAAAUCUAGUUAAGAAGUGGUGCUUAUCUUCAA